CGCAUAUGGUUUUACCAUUUUGAGCACGAAAGAAGACGACUGAGAGUUGAAACAAUCUCCAGGACGAUAUGCGAAUCGGAUCCGCUCCCUUCUCUCUCCAACAAUCGUUGUGAAAAAUUACGAUUCAAACCCCCAAAACCCCAGUUUCACUCGUCACACUUGGAAUUUUAUCGGAGCUGUUUUUGAGAUUUUUCUAGUCAUGGCUGUUGUGGAGAAUGGUGAUUCGGGGGUGAGCGUGGGAUCGUCGUCGAUUCAAGAAUCGACGGUGGUGGUGGGCAACGAUCAGAAUCAGCUCAAGCCCGGCCACCAUGUGCGGUCCCGCAUCGAUCCUAACGACAAACUCAACGGAAACGGGAACGAAAACGGCAGCGGCGGCGGCGAUGAUGUCCCCAUUUUGCGGACUCACCAUGAUCAGCAGCCAUCAUCCAACAUACCACCGCAUAUGGCUCAGGGCGGCCAUCAACGAUCGGACAGCGGUGGGAGCGAGGUGCAGAGGAAUGGAGAUGUGGAUGCGGUGGAAAGGUUUAACAGGGACAUGAUGGAGCUGCAGGAGCUCUUCUCAAAGCUGAAUCCCAUGGCUGAGGAGUUUGUGCCGCCUUCUUUGACUAAUGGCUAUGGUGGCCUGAAUGGGUUUGCUAGCCAUGGCCUCAAUGGAGGGUUUUAUACUAACAAUGCCCUCAACGGCGGAGAUGGACUUGAUAAUGGCAUUAAUGGUCGGCGGAAGAAAAAUUUUGGUCAAGGGAAACGGAGGAUGAACAGCAGGACUAGUCAUGCUCAGCGGGAGGAGGUUAUUCGCCGUACUGUCUAUGUCUCUGACAUUGAUCAACUGGUCACUGAGGAACAGCUUGCAGCUCUGUUUGUCAAUUGUGGCCAGGUUGUCGACUGUCGCAUAUGUGGUGAUCCUAAUUCUGUACUUCGUUUUGCCUUCAUUGAGUUCACUGAUGAAGAAGGUGCGCGGUCUGCUUUGAAUCUGUCUGGUACCAUGCUUGGAUUCUACCCUGUGAGGGUGCUGCCAUCUAAAACAGCUAUUGCACCAGUUAACCCAACAUUUUUGCCUAGGACUGAAGAUGAGCGCGAGACAUGUGCAAGGACAAUCUACUGUACAAAUAUUGACAAGAAGGUUACUCAAGCUGAUGUUAAGCUCUUUUUUGAAUCAGUGUGUGGCGAGGUAUACCGCCUGAGGCUGCUUGGAGACUAUCACCAUUCUACCCGCAUUGCUUUCGUCGAGUUUGUGAUGGCUGAAAGUGCAAUUGCUGCUCUCAACUGCAGUGGUGUGGUUCUGGGUUCAUUGCCAAUAAGAGUGAGCCCAUCAAAGACCCCUGUUCGGCCACGUGCUCCUCGCCUUCCCUCACAUUGAGUCAUCUUGGCAGCCGACUGUUCUCAACCCGGUUACCGACUGUUCUCAACCCGGUUAUAUAUUUAUUAAAACAUACACACAGCCAUGUAAAGAUGUUCUUCAUCUCUCUGGUUUCUCUGUUAAAUAUACUUCGCAUCUUUGCCCAGGAUUCUUCUUCUGCGGUAGCUUUAUGUUCCUGUUCUAGCAAAUCUAUAGAGUUGGAUGAAACUCUGAGGUUUUGGAAGAUAGUUUGUAUGAUUGCUCUUCAAAUGUGGAUUGAGCUUUUCUGCAAAUUGAACUUUUCUUUGUAGUUACUGAUA